GAUAGUGGUGUUUUGGUCCACAUUUCGCUGCCAAAACACUCCUGACCCGUCGAGCAUCAACAGCGGUAAUUUGUUCAGCACUCUGAGCUGAACAGUAGCUCGUCUGUUGGAUUGGACCACACGGGAAAUAAUCUUAAGGGGCUUAAACCCACAACCUUCUGAUAAGUUUUACGGUAAACGUUGCUAUGGGAGACGUGGUGGAUUCCUGGUGCACAUGGACGCUUCGUUUGUCUGAUUCGAGUGAGAUUGGAUCCCGGCGUCCAAUCUGUCUCCAAACUAACAUCAUGUAUAGCCGAAGAAUGAGGUGACCUGUAGAUCACGUCUCCGUUCAACCGGAUUACUUCUAACCGGACAGAUUUGGGUUUUAUGACUCGAUGUUUGAUCAUAGUGUGCACAUGAAUUUGUCAAUCUGAGUCUCUAAAAUACCCACAGGAUUUCUGUGGAAUCACACUGACGACAAGCUGAAGGACACGUUAUAAAUCACUGAGUGAGGCGACACUGGACUCCGAGAUGCUCCAGACCAAUAACUACUCGCUGGUGCUGCUGAUCCAGCUUUCUCUUCUGGCCUUCGACCUGUUCGUCAAUUCUUUUAGUGAACUGCUGAGGGCAGCUCCAGUUAUCCAGCUCGUACUGUUCAUAAUCCAGGACAUUGCCGUUCUCUUUAACGUCAUCAUCAUUCUGCUGAUGAUGUUCAACACGUACGUGUUCCAGGUGGGACUGCUGUCUCUGCUCCUGGAGAGGUUUAGAGCACUACUCGUCCUGUCUGCCGUCUACCUCACACUCAGCAUCUGUCUUCACUGCUGGAUCAUGAAUCUGAGGUGGAUGGAGUCUAAUCGUUUUGUCUGGACGGACGGCCUGCAGGUGCUCUUCGUGUUCCAGAGAAUAGCUGCAGUUUUGUAUUACUACUUGUACAAGCGCAGCACCGAGUACCUCGGAGACCCGAGACUGUACGAGGAAUGUCCCUGGCUGCGGGACGCUUUCGCCCGAGCUCGGCUUUAAUCCCUUCUUGAAGAACAACGCAGAAACUACAGCCAGUUCAGCACAGAGACUGCAGACUGGUUUGCAGACUGGGAUAAAAAAGUGAAUUCAAUACAGACGCAGUGAUGAAUAUAUAAAAACCACAGUACUGCUUCCAGUACAGUGAAAGGAACUAAGAGACUCGUAUAUGGACUAAUGGAACAUGUUCAUCCUGGAUUCUUCACAACAAUAAUAUCAGCGAAGCAUAAAACAGAUCACUUUCUAUUAGUUUUAAAUUAUAUUAUUAUUUAGUCAGUUUAAGGUUUUUUUUCUACUGUUUUGUUUACAUGACGGAACAAAUGAUUAAAUAUUGAUUGGAUAAAACGGG